CUCCCCAUACUGCAUGAGAAGUAUGGCGGAUAGGUACUUCUGACGCGUCUGUUUUGGUGCUUCAAAUGCUUGCUUUCCUGCAUCAGAUUUUUUUUCUGUCUUGUUUAUACGCAUCUAAGUGAUCAAAUAUUCACCUUUCAAUUGGGAUCAUGCCUUCGGCCUGUGACUCUACGAUUGACGACAUUGAGGACAUGGUGUCUUCUAGUGACCCUACUCCUCAUGAGAGGCAGUCUGCGAGGAGGAAUGUCAUACCCAAGUCCCGGAGAAAAAACAACAUUCUGAACAAUGAGGAGCUCCAAGCAGACAGUCUGAUUCCUGGGACCCAGAAAAUCUGGAUGAAAACGUGGGGCUGCAGUCACAACAACUCAGAUGGGGAAUACAUGGCUGGACAGCUUGCUGCCAGUGGAUACAAAAUGACAAAUGACCCAAUAGAAGCGGACUUGUGGCUUCUGAAUAGCUGCACUGUCAAAAAUCCUGCAGAAGACCACUUCAGAAACUCAAUCAAAAAAGCCCAAGAGCAACAGAAGAAAGUGGUGGUUGCCGGUUGUGUUCCUCAAGCCCAACCUCGAAUGGACUAUCUCAAAGGGCUCAGCAUCAUUGGGGUUCAACAGAUUGAUCGAGUGGUAGAAGUGGUGGACGAAGCUGUUAAAGGCCACUCAGUUCGUCUUUUGGGCCAAAAGAAAGAUGGAGGCCGGAGGCUAGGGGGAGCAAGACUAGACUUACCCAAGAUAAGGAAAAACCCUCUGAUUGAAAUCAUCUCCAUUAACACUGGGUGCCUUAACGCAUGUACCUACUGCAAGACAAAGCAUGCCAGAGGAGACUUGGCCAGCUAUCCCAUAGAAGAACUGGUUGAAAGAGCCCGACAGUCUUUCCAAGAGGGAGUUUGUGAAAUCUGGCUGACCAGUGAAGACACUGGAGCCUAUGGUCGAGACAUAGGGACUGACCUGCCCACUCUCUUGUGGAGGCUGGUGGACGAAAUCCCCGAAGGUGCCAUGCUCAGACUCGGUAUGACCAACCCACCCUAUAUCCUGGAACACCUAGAGGAGAUGGCGAAGAUUUUAAACCAUCCCCGUGUCUAUGCCUUUCUUCACGUUCCUGUGCAGUCAGCCUCGGAUAGCGUUCUCAUGGACAUGAAGCGAGAGUACUGCAUUGAUGACUUCAAAAGAGUGGUUGACUUCUUGAAAGAGCGGGUCCCAGGUGUAACAAUUGCGACAGAUAUAAUCUGUGGCUUUCCUGGUGAGACAGAGGAAGACUUCAGAGAAACUAUAGACUUGGUGAAAUUUUAUCGAUUCCCCAGUCUCUUCAUCAAUCAGUUCUAUCCCAGACCUGGAACACCAGCAGCCAAGAUGGAGCAAGUACCCCCACACGUGAAGAAACAACGGACUAAAGAACUAUCUCAACUAUUUCACUCCUACAAUCCUUAUGACCACAAGGUUGGGGAGAGACAACAUGUUUUGGUGACAGAAGAGUCCUUUGAUUCCCAAUUUUAUGUGGCUCACAACAAGUUUUAUGAGCAGGUUCUUGUGCCCAAGAGUUUAAAAUUCAAAGGCAAGAUGAUUGAAGUAGACAUCUACGAGGCAGGAAAACACUUCCUUAAAGGUCGACCAGUAGAAGACUGUAAACCUUUCACUCCCUCCAUCGCUGCUCCACUUGAAAAAGGAGAAGUGUCUGGCCUGGUGCAGGAGCAGAUGGCAAAUGGUGUCCAAGGUCCUUCUUCUAUGUCUUCGUCUGUUUUGUUGAUUGGGUCUUACAGUGUGGACCGAGAGCUAUUAAAGAGGCUGGGGGUCGGGCUGGCGCUGACAGCAGCCUUACUGGCUUUUAUUGUGGAGAGGAUCUAUUAGCAAAGAGGAGCCGUAACCAAGGAGAGGAUGCGACAUAAUUGAGGCCUUAACAGCUUCUUUGAAUGGGAGGAAAAUCAUCACAUUCUCCUACGUACGUGUUUCUUUCUGUGCUGUAUGCAUUCAAAGAGGGGAAAGGACAUCUCUGUUGGAUUUUUGCUUUUAAUUUCACUUCGUUUCGCCAAUAUUUAAUUCUCUUUUUUAAAAGCAAAUAAAGGUUUUGUGUGUUUUGGGGUAGAAAACUGUCUCCAUGUUGAAGCAUUGGUCUUUAAAUUGAAGAAAUCCCAUAUGUGACUUUCUGAUAGUCGUUGACAGCUAUGCCCGUCCGUCUGCUGCUUAUGGAUUUUUUGUCUUACUCUAAGGUUUCUAUAUCAAGUUGAUGAGCUAUAUUUAAAGACAGAUACUAUUCUUUUUCCACGGUUACGAGCCUGACAGUGCAGCAAACUGUCUACUUCUUCCAUUAAACAUAAGUUG